CUAAACCACACUGCCAACCUUAUGCCCGAACCUAACCUUACAUUAAGACAAAACAUCUAUAUAUUUUUUUAGUUAAUUUGGACUUUGUGGCUAUGGAAGCUAGUGGAAACCGCCAGGCAGGCAGCUAGCUUUGCCAAACGAACACUAAGCUGUCUGACAGGCGGCUUGCAAGCAAUCAAAAUGCAGUAUUUUUCGCUAUUGAGCUGGGCAUCACACCAUGGAAUGUAAUGGCCUUAUUACUUGGGAAACCAUUAAUAUGAUAGCGAAAGGCGUCUUUGUUGAGAAACCGGACUGUCCCGACAAUUGGAUGGAGUAGCAAGCCAGCGCUACGACUGAGGGCGCGAGGUCUAGGACGGUUGGUCGACCCGACUCAUCGUAAUUAUUAGCAUAGUGAGGAGCAGCCGGCCCGAACACAAUGCCUCCCAGGCCGUCUUCAGGGGAACUAUGGGGCAUGCACUUGAUGCCCCCGAGCAUCCAGGUGGACUUCCUUCUCCCCAAUGGGAUGAUUCUGACAUUGGAGUGCACACGUGAGGCCACACUCAUCUCGGUCAAACAGGACCUCUUCAAAGAGGCCAGGAAGUAUCCUCUCCACCACCUCCUACAGGAGGAGACCUCCUACAUCUUUGUCAGCGUUACUCAAGAGGCUGAGAGAGAGGAGUUCUAUGAUGAGACGAGGAGACUGUGCGACCUCAGGCUUUUUCAGGCCUUCCUGAAAGUCAUCGAGCCAGUAGGCAAUCGAGAGGAGAAAAUACUAAAUCGAGAAAUUGGUUUUGCCAUAGGAAUGCCUAUAUGUGAGUUUGACCUGGUCAAGGACGCAGAGGUCCAGGACUUUAGAAGGAACAUAUUAAAUGUCUGCAAGGAGUCUGUGGACCUCCGAGACACUAACGGACCCAUCAGUAGAGCGUUGUACGUCUACCCUCCCAAUGUAGAGUCGUCAGUAGAACUACCCAAGCACAUCUUCAAUAAGCUUGACAAAGGUCAAAUCAUAGUGGUCAUCUGGGUCAUCGUGUCGCCAAGCAACGACAAGCAGAAGUACACACUGAAAAUCAACCACGACUGCGUGCCGGAGCACGUGAUCGCAGAGGCCAUCCGCAAGAAGACGCGUAGCAUGCUGCUGUCCCACGAGCAGCUCAAGAUGUGCGUGCAGGAGUAUCAGGGCAAGUACAUCCUCAAGGUGUGCGGCUGCGAUGAGUACCUGCUGGAGAAAUACCCCCUGAGUCAGUACAAGUACGUGAGGAGUUGCAUCAUGCUGGGGCGCAUGCCCAACCUCAUGCUAAUGGCCAAGGACAGCCUGUACUCGCAGCUGCCCAUCGACACCUUUACCAUGCCCUCGUAUGCCCGCCGCAUCUCCACGGCCACUCCCUACAUGAACGGCGAGACGGCCACCAAGUCUCUAUGGACCAUCAACGGCACGCUGAGGAUAAGGAUACUGUGUGCCACCUACGUCAACGUCAACAUCAGGGACAUUGACAAGAUCUACGUCCGGACUGGGAUUUACCACGGUGGGGAGCAGCUGUGUGACAACGUGAACACUCAGCGCGUGCCAUGCUCAAACCCCAGGUGGAACGAGUGGCUGAACUACGACAUGUACAUUCCAGACAUCCCCCGCGCCGCCCGCCUCUGUCUGUCCAUCUGUUCCGUGAAAGGGAGGAAGGGGGCCAAGGAGGAGCACUGUCCACUAGCCUGGGGAAACAUCAACCUGUUUGAUUACACCCACACGCUGGUGGCUGGAAAGAUGGCCCUCAACCUGUGGCCCGUGCCCCACGGCCUGGAAGACCUGCUCAAUGCUAUCGGAGUCACCGGCUCCAAUCCAAACAAGGAAACCCCUUGCCUGGAGCUGGAGUUUGACCACUUCAGUAACCCGGUAAAGUUCCCUGACAUGCCGGCCAUCGAGGAGCACGCCAACUGGAACAUAUCCCGGGAGCUGGGCUUCAACUACUGCCACACCGGUUUGAGUAACAGACUGGCGAGGGACAACCCUCUGACGGACAGUGACAACGAACAGCUGCGUCUGGUGUGUAACAGAGACCCACUGUCUGAAAUCACUGAGCAGGAGAAGGACUUCCUGUGGAGGCACAGACAUUACUGUGUCAGUAUCCCGGAGAUACUGCCCAAGAUUCUCCUGGCAGUGAAAUGGAACUCCAGGGAUGAGGUUGCGCAGAUGUAUUGCCUUCUAAAGGACUGGCCAGCCAUAAAGCCAGAACAAGCCAUGGAGUUGCUGGACUGCAACUUCCCCGAUCCCAGGAUCCGAGACUUUGCAGUGAAGUGCCUUGAAAAAUACUUAACGGACGACAGACUCUCUCAAUACCUCAUUCAGCUGGUCCAGGUUCUGAAGUACGAGCAGUACCUCGAUAACCCACUGGCCCGCUUCCUGCUGAAGAAGGCUUUGACCAAUCAGCGGAUAGGACAUUUCUUCUUUUGGCAUCUCAAGUCUGAGAUGCACAACAAGACAGUGAGCCAACGUUUCGGUCUGCUGCUGGAGUCCUACUGCCGGGCCUGUGGCAUGUACCUGAAGCACCUGAGCAGACAGGUGGAGGCCAUGGAGAAACUCAUUAACCUCACCGACCUCCUCAAGCAGGAGAAGAAGGACGAGGCCCAGAAGGUUCAGAUGAAGUUCCUGGUGGAGCAGAUGAAAAGGCCUGACUACAUGGACGCCCUACAGAGCUUCACCUCUCCGCUCAACCCAGCUCACCAGCUGGGAAACCUCCGCCUGGAGGAGUGCCGGAUGAUGUCAUCGGCCAAACGGCCUCUGUGGCUCAACUGGGAGAAUCCUGACAUGAUGUCAGAGCUGCUCUUCCAGAGCAACGAGAUCAUCUUCAAAAACGGAGACGAUCUGAGGCAGGACAUGCUGACUUUGCAGAUCAUUAGGAUAAUGGAGAACAUCUGGCAGAACCAGGGGCUUGAUCUCAGGAUGUUGCCGUACGGCUGCCUGUCCAUCGGCGACUGCGUGGGCCUGAUCGAGGUGGUGAGGAACUCCCACACCAUCAUGCAGAUCCAGUGUAAAGGAGGCCUGAAGGGGGCGCUGCAGUUUAACAGCCACACACUGCACCAGUGGCUCAAGGACAAGAACAGGGGAGAGAUGUACGACCAGGCCAUUGACUUGUUCACACGGUCGUGUGCGGGAUACUGCGUAGCCACCUUCAUCCUGGGGAUCGGUGACCGACACAACAGCAACAUCAUGGUCAAAGAUGAUGGACAGCUAUUCCACAUAGACUUUGGCCAUUUCCUGGAUCACAAGAAGAAGAAAUUUGGCUACAAGCGAGAGCGGGUGCCCUUUGUCUUGACACAGGACUUCUUAAUCGUCAUCAGCAAAGGAACCCAGGAGUGCACAAAAACCAGGGAGUUUGAGAGGUUUCAGGAGAUGUGCUACAAGGCCUACUUGGCCAUCCGGCAGCACGCCAACCUCUUCAUCAACCUGUUCUCCAUGAUGCUGGGCUCCGGCAUGCCUGAGCUGCAGUCGUUCGACGACAUCGCCUACAUCCGCAAGACCCUUGCCCUGGACAAGACGGAGCAGGAGGCCCUGGACUACUUCAUGAAGCAGAUGAAUGACGCCCACCACGGCGGCUGGACCACCAAAAUGGACUGGAUCUUCCACACCAUCCGCCAGCACGCCAUGAACUAAGAGGUUCCAUAGGCCUGGAGAGUAGCAGCAACGCAGAGAGACUAGAGCGGAUCUCUACACCAUCCGCCUGGACUGUGUGUCAGUAGAGAGACUAGAGCGGAUCUCUACACCAUCCGCCUGGACUGUGUGUCAGUAGAGAGACUAGAGCGGAUCUCUACACCAUCCGCCUGGACUGUGUGUCAGUAGAGAGACUAGAGCGAAUCUCGACACCCUCCGCCAGCUAAGCACGCCAUGAGCUGAGAUGGCAGUGCGGACAGGGCUAGCGUCCAUGAAUAUAGAUAUGAACGGAUAGAGCCGUUGGAUGAAUAGGAUAAAAUGAAAGGCUAGAACGGAUCUCUACAUUAUCAGCUAACUUCUUAUGAACUCAGAGGGAGGUGCGGAUCUGUACACUAUCUGUUAGAAGGGCGCCAACUGGAUAUUAGGGAUGCAUGGAUAGGGAAAUUACAGGCUGAUACGAUAAUCACAUUUUCUGUUAUUUUUCCCAUAUUGGUAUGGCAAUAUGGCCAUAAAGUUUUCUCCUUGUAAAAUUAGGGGAACAACCACAAUUAAAAACAAUUGUUUUGUAAAAGUUAUGUAAUUUAAGAUGAAGGCCGAUCUAUUGUAUUAUCAGUCAAUACUGAUAUGAAGGAUGAUAUAUUGCUGUAUCGGCCAAUACCGAUAUCAAGGUCGAUAGAUCACAUCAGCUGAUAUGGUGGACGAUUUUAUAUUAUUAUUAUCAUCUGAUAUUGUGUAUCCCUAUAUAGCGUACCCCAUCCACUAGUUUACUAUGAACAGAGAGCAGAGUGGAUCUCUAGGCUACAUUCUGCUAGCACGCCAGGACACUAUGAAGGCCUGUCCAGGGUCAUGUUCAUUAGGACACGCAACGGAAAGCGAAAAAUUAUUGUUGUCUUAUUGGACAAAUCAUGGCAGUCUCUCCCUGUUUUAGUCUGUUUUUUUCCGCUUGGUGCCCAAUGAACACUACCCAGAAUACCACCAGCAUUGUUAAAUCCCAGUGGUGCAUGGUUAACAGACACUAGGAUGUCCAUUGUCCGUUCAUCGUCUGCUGUCGAAAUUUUAAGGCUAGCGGACAGAACUUUCUGACCCAUGUUUGAUCUCAAAUGACGAUUACACACGUGUUGUGUCCCCUC